UUUUUUUUAAAUUUUUAAUUUUUUUAUUAUUAUUUUUUUUUUUUAAGAACAUCAUUGUUUUCUAUGUAGCACCACGUUAAAACACAGCCCCUUGACAGCAAGAAAACACAAGAAGAAUUAGUAUUAUAAGAAAGUCAACAUUAGAAAGAGAAAUUUCAAUGGGACUCUUUGUUUGUAACUUUGUAGCAUCUCGGACAUAAAGUCCAAAACUAGCUAGAUGUCUCAUUAUCCCUUGCAAUUCACAAUAUAUAAUGUUUUAUUAUCGAUCCUUGGUUUUACCACAGCUCCUUCAUAUAUCCUCAGCAUAUACUAAAAGCGACAUAGAUGAUAAUAUGAAACUUUUGGCUGUAAGCCCUUUGAUCAUUAAUCCUAGUGCAUAAAGUAAUCCCUUGUAAAGAUUAUAAAUGCUUCAAUAUUGCAGCAACCUUCCCUUUAAACUUACCCAGAUCGCAUAAGUUUUUGGAAGAAAGGCAUACUUUGUAUUACAGGAAUGAGGAAUGGGUACUUGGUUUGUUUGUCUUUGGGGAUUUGCCUUCUACUUCAAGUUCAACAUGCUCAUGCCAAAGAAAAUAAAACGGACCCAACGGAUAAUGUAAAUCUGACCCCAUUCCGGGCUUGGAGAAGUGCUUAUUACUGCUUGCAGAGAAAAGCCCCUGCUAAUUGCACAGCAUUUGAGACGGUUUCGCUGACAGACAGAGGACUAAUAGAUGUGAUCCCAAGUGGGAUAGGAGAAUACUGCAGUGCAGACACAGGGUGUGCACAACACGUCUUGGAUGUGCUUAAAUGCAUCUACCUUUGCAAACGAGACUUCUGGUUUGCCAAUAACGCCACCGUUUCAGUGCUCAAUCAAACCAUUCAUGAUGGAUGCUCCAACAAAAAAAGUAUAUCGACACUGAAUCGGAAUUAUAAAAAGAGCAGUGGGAUGAAGGUGCAGCAGAAGAUUUAUACACCAUUUGUUGCAUCACUAUCAACCUUGGCAUUCAUAGCCAUCUUCAACAUGUGAAACGUUUUGCACUUGCUGUGUGAAUGUGUGAUAACCGGGACAACAUGCAAGUAUAUUUAUGGGCUUAGGCUUAAUCAUCUAGAGUGCUAUAAUUGAAACUAUCAAUAAGAUCAACAGUUUCAUUACACUGCAAGCAUGCGAGUCGAUCACACACUUAUCUUUGUUUGCACCUAUCUUAUUUGUAAUAUUUUGUAAUAAUCGUGAUUAUAUAUAUAUAUAUAUAUAUAUAUAUAUAUAU